GCCACAGACAGCGCGCGCACCGCUCCUUGGAGUGGGCGAUCGACCCAUAUAAGCCGUCGCCUCCCGCCUCGCCGUCCCCACUCGCUCUGCCCGCCCCCGCCACCAGCCGGAUCGACAGCACACCACCUGACCGCCCGCGGCAGCUCUCAUCGAUCCACAGGGCGCGCAUAACAGAGGGCCCGGCGAGCGAGCAGGGAUGGUGUGGUCGGCGAUGACAAUGCGCGGCGCCUCCGCCGCCGCGCUGCUCGUGCUGGUGGCGCUCGUCGCCGGGGCUCGCGCGGAGGACCCCUACCACUUCUUCGAGUGGAAGGUGACGUACGGGACCAAGAACAUCUUGGGGACGCCGCAGAAGGUGAUCCUCAUCAACGGCCAGUUCCCGGGGCCUACCAUCAACUGCACCUCCAACAACAACAUCCUCGUCAAUGUCUUCAACAUGCUCGACCAGCCGCUCCUGUUCCAUUGGCACGGCAUCCAGCAGAGGAAGAACUCGUGGCAGGACGGCUUGCCGGGCACGAUGUGCCCGAUCCAGCCCAACACCAACUGGACGUACCACUGGCAGCCCAAAGACCAGAUCGGCAGCUUCUACUACUUCCCUAGCAUCGGCAUGCAGCGCGCGGCGGGAGGCUACGGGCUCAUCACCGUGCACAGCCGUGAUCUGAUCCCCGUCCCCUUCGACCCCCCGGCCGACGACUUCCCGGUCCUCGUCGGCGACUGGUACACCAAGGACCACACCGUCCUGGCCAAGAACCUCGACAGCGGCAAGGGGAUCGGGCGCCCCGCGGGGCUCAUCAUCAACGGCAAGAACGAGAAGGAAGCGUCGAACCCGCCCAUGUACAACGUGGAGGCCGGCAAGACCUACCGCUUCCGCGUCUGCAACGUCGGCAUCAAGGCGGCCUUGAACGUGCGCGUCCAGAAGCACAUCCUGAAGCUCGUCGAGAUGGAGGGCUCCCACACCGUGCAGAACACCUACGACUCCCUGGACGUCCACAUCGGGCAGUGCCUGUCCUUCCUGGUCACCGCCGACCAGACGCCCGGCGACUACCUCCUGGUGGUGUCGACCCGGUUCAUCAAGGAGGUGAGCACCAUCACCGCGGUGAUCCGCUACAAGGGCUCCAACACCCCGCCGCCGCCCCAGAUCCCGGAGAGCCCCAGCGGGUGGGCGUGGUCGAUCAACCAGUGGAGGUCCUUCCGCUGGAACCUGACGGCGAGCGCGGCGCGGCCCAACCCGCAGGGGUCGUACCACUACGGGCAGAUCAACAUCACCCGCACCAUCAAGCUCUCGACCAGCCACGGCAAGGUGGACGGCAAGGAGCGGUACGCCCUCAACGGCGUGUCGCACGUGGACCCCGACACCCCCCUGAAGCUCGCCGAGUACUUCAACGCCACCAACGGGGUGUUCCAGUACAACCUCAUCGGCGACGUGCCGCCGGCCGCGGGCACGCCCAUCAAGGUGGCCCCGAACGUCGUCAGCGCCGAGUUCCGCACGUUCAUCGAGGUGGUGUUCGAGAACCCCGAGAAGAGCAUCGACACCUUCCACAUCAACGGCUACGCCUUCUUCGCGGCCGGCAUGGGGCCGGGCACAUGGUCGCCGCAGUGCCGGAAGACGUACAACCUCCUGGACACGGUGAGCCGGCACACCAUCCAGGUGUACCCGAGGUCGUGGACGGCGGUGAUGUUGACGUUCGACAACGCCGGCAUGUGGAACAUCCGGUCCAACCUCUGGGACAGGCACUACCUCGGCGAGCAGCUGUACAUAAGCGUCCUCUCGCCGGCGCGGUCGCUCAGGGACGAGUACAACAUGCCGGAGACCAGCCUGCGCUGCGGCAAGGUCGUCAGCCUGCCGAUGCCGCCGUCCUAUGCCCCCGCAUAGAUCGCCGCCGGUUCCCUUCACGAUGGCCCGCCCGGCGCACGGUGCUGUACGUACACAAAUUAAAAGGAGCAGGAGGCCGGAAA